GUGGAGGGUGGGUGUGUGGCCUUAACCAGCUUGCGCUACCAUGCACUACUGUUGACAGUGGAUGUAUCGCAAUGGCUCGUAGUCACACAGUCCUUCAUGACCCAGAAUCUGAUCUGGAUGGAGAAGCACCGGAUGAAGAAGUUGCAACUCAGCGGCUACAGCAGGACGUCUCCGAAUGGAAAACUCGAUCUGAGACGCCGCCCUGUUGUUAGAUCUCCCAGUAUGGCAACUCACAUGAGGCUUGUGUUGCAUUUGCUAUUGCUCUUCAUAUUUGCUGUUCAGGAGGUCAGGCUGGUGUGUGUGAACGUGGCAUCAGACAAAGAGGCCACCGUAGGCGGUGUUAUGAAGUUAACCUGCAUCUACUGCAUGAAACGAGAGGAGAUCUCUGCCGAAACCAAAGUGGACUGGUUCUACAACGGUUCUGCAUCAGAUUACAAAAGACUGCUUAUCUAUCAGUAUAAUCGUGAGCCGCAGGAGCCAGAGGACGCAAGAAUGUACUGGAAGGGCCGUCUGACAUGGAACGGCAGCAAGGAUCUGCAGGACCUCUCCAUUAGCAUCAUAAAUGUCUCCGCAACUGACUCUGGCACAUACGACUGUGUGGUGUCACGCUUCUUCGAGUUCGAUUCAUUCAAGCAUUCCAUCACCGAGAAAAUCACAAUUGAACUGAAGGUAAACAUGCAAGCCUACUUAUUGGAAGGCAGGAAGUUGUUUUCAGGGCUUUAUCUAAGCAGCCACUUACCUCUCUAUCUGUUGUAAGGGGUAAUGUAAAGAUUCUGGUUUGUAUGCUAUUCUCUUGAUGCCUGAGAUUGCUGAAUGCAGAGUUCUUCCUCUCACUUCAAUCGAAUAUACUUUACCUAAUGUAUAUUUGUCUAUAUUUAAUCAUGCAACUGCAAUGCAUCAUCUCUAUCUGUGAGUGUCUCGGUUCGCAGAUAGACAUAGACAAUGUUGUAUUUAAGUGGUGGGUUUAGAGGAUAUUUUGAAUUGCAAGCAACCUUCCAGAACCACAAACUUACAGUACAACUCUGCUUUUACAUUCAAUGCCAUUUUAGAUCUGUUCACUGCAGUGCAUGAGACAUUUGUAGAGAAACUCUUUAUAAUGUGAACACGGGUCCUUUUUGACAAUUGUACUAGAUUUUGUAGAAUUAUAUGCACUUGUUUUCUCUAGAAUGUCACAUGCGCUGCACUAUCAUUGAUGUAUACAGUGGUUCUCGCCUUUUAAAACCCAUUUUCAUAUGCAGAACAGUCUGUUGAAAAAUUAUUAAUAUAAUUAGAUCAAUGUGGGUGAGCUUCUGAAGGGUAAAGCUGAGAACCUCUGAUCAUGCAGUCACUUUGCGAUCAUCUUUAAAAGACAAUUUACCUGUCUUACAAUAUGUCAUAUAACCUUUGAGUCUUAUUGUCCUCCAAGGGAAAGCUGACAUGAAGUAUCUGAGCAUGUUUGUUUCAUUGUGUGGUUUUGUGUUUGCAUGCAAAUUAUUUACUGUAAUGUGUCUUCUAAGGGACAGGCAGAAAAAUGAAAUUGAUCAAUUUCUGCCUAAUGAACACCUAACUGAAAUUUAAAGGGAUAGUUCACCCCAAAAUGGAAAUUCAGUCAUCAUUUACUUACCCUCAUCAUGCCUUUCCGAACCUGUACGUAGGGCUGUCGUGAUAAUCGCAAUAUCGCGCUAGAGCAUAACCGCAGAGGAAUGCAACAACCGCAGCAACCGCGAUAUUUCAGGGUUCCCUCUCGAGCUUUCACGAGACAUCACGGAGAAUUUCUCCGUUAUGGGAACUCCUUCCCUUCAACCUUUCCUGAAGUCCUAUUGGCUCACACCAGUCAAAUGACUGGCCAAUUGUCGCGAAGCAUGCAACCGCAUGCAAAUACUGACGAGCUCGAGAGGAAAGUGAAAGUGUGCUCUUGUCUGCCCUGUACUCAGUGCAGCUCCAGUUAUUCGUGUCUAUUCACUAGUGCUACCAUGAUCAUGUUAUGUUUUAUGCUGCUUAACAUAGCUAUCUCUGUACUGUUGUUGUGUCUGUACUGCCCUGUUCGCAGCGCAGCCUGCAAUAUUAUCGACCAGAUAUGCAAAUUUCGUAUACCUGGGGUGUAGACGCUCAUUGGCUUACCUCCACCUAUCAGCUGCGAGCCCGCCUAACAAGCGUCACUAUUGGUGGGAAUUAUGUGUGUGUGUAUUCUCUCUUCGCUGAGUGUGUAACUUGUACAGGCUGCUCGUAGCCUCUCUCACGGCGGGAUUGAAUAUCAUUCCCAUAACGGAGAAGUUCUCCGUGAUGUCUCGUGAAAGCUCGAGAGGGAACGUCUCCGGGUACUAUUGUAACCUCGGUUCCCUGAGAGCGGGAACGAGACAUCACGGUGUUCGCCGUGCUCGCUGCUCGACCAGCUAAGCGGCGUUCAGUAUCCGAUUCUGACGUAAUUGUCGCGGGCACCGCAUUUUAUACUGCCUCUCGAGCUCGUCAGUAUUUGCAUACGGUUGCAUGCUUCGCAACAAUUGGCCAGUCAUUUGACUGGCGUGAGCCAAUAGGACUUCAGGAAAGGUUGAAGGGAAGGAGUUCCCAUAACGGAGAAAUUCUCCGUGAUGUCUCGUUCUCGCUCUCAGGGAACCGAGGUUAACCGGAGACGUUUUCUUUUUCGUAAGGUUACGCCCUUUUUGUUUUACACUUCGUGCAUGUGUACUGAAUAUUAGUAAUGAUAACAAUGUGUAUCAUGCUGAUUUGCACAGAGGCUCAGUAAAUUUGCACUUAACAAGCCUAAACAGACAGUGAAUGAGAGAGAGAUCGACUGAUCGCGUGCGAUUACCUGCGUCUGUCCUUCAGGCCGAGUCAUGUAAAACAGGUUGUCAUGUCCAAGGAAAGUGAAAUCUGUCUUAGCAUCGACGCUCUGCUGGUCAGCUGAGCCUUUAAAAGUGGCGCUCAGUUAAAAUGAUUUAAACAGCGUGUUUCAUUACAAAUCUCUGAAUGAAUCAGCGUGUAGUUGAAUGAAGACUCACUCAAAGACAGUCUCUUGACGCCACCUUGAGGCGAAACAAUGAAACUGCACUGACAGCCGUCUAGAACACGCAGGUGAGAUAUUAACAGAAAAAGUAUCUUGUCAGUCAGAUUCGAGGAACAGAACUAACUGUUAUAUAUAUGCUAACAAUAUACUAAUGAUCUUAUUGUCAGGUUUAUGUUUUAUGUGGACCGUUAUUUUGUCACUCUUCUGUUUACUUCACUUCCUGUUUCAACGCGAUUUAGUUUCGGUUUCAUAUAUUAUAUAUAUAUAUAUGUAUGUGUGUGUGUGUGUGUGUGUGUGUGUGUAAGGAAUAAUUGACGACGGGCCGUUGAAUUAUUAGAAAAAUAAUGCACACCCGACCGAAGUCAAUUAUUCCGCUUAUACUACGGUUGCCACACCUCGACAUCGAUCAGAUGAUAUAUUUCAGGGCAUUCGUCCAGUAUUUCUACUUAAAUCGCUAAUUCCAAAACGGCAUUUUAAACCUAGUAAAGGAGGCUUGAGCCGUUGAUAGCACAUUAAUAAUGCAGUUAAUACAGUUAAUAACUAAGUUAUGAGAGAGAGAGAUUACCUGUGUGCGUCUCUCAAUAGCAGCAAUGUCUCUAGUUAUAGUGAAACUUAGUUCCUUUUGUUCACGAACAGCGCCGUUGUUGUUACCUGGCUUGUGAGAAGUCAUGUAGUUUUUAAGUUGUUUACUGAUAAAAUCGUCAGAGUAGCGCUAACAACAUUAGCACCAUGUAUGCUAGUGUGUGCAAACUGUAAAUGUUAUGUAUGUGCGGUCUGUGAGGGAGAGAGAGCGGGAGAGAUAGAGUAUGUGCUUUCCGUACAUAAUAAAGCGUAAUUUUGUGGCAAAAACAUGGACAUGAUCUGUUGUUUUUAUCCAUUUGUUUACUAUAUUUAUUUGUUUGGCCAGUGUCCUUGUGGGUUUUGGUUAUUUUGCUGUUGUAAAACCUUUGAAAUAACAGAAAUCAUUUGGCGAAGUGAUAUGGUCAUGUAAUGCGGUCAAGAGCUGCCUGGAACUACGUUCGCCGUGCCUUUCCCUGAAAAUAAUUGCACACCUUAGAACGUUCGUCAGCCAAUCAGAUUCAAGCAUUCAACGGCCCCGUAGUAUAUAUAUAUAUAUAUAUAUAUAUAUAUAUAUAAUAUAUAUAUAUAAUACCGCGCUAUUGAGCCACUCAAAAUUACCGCAAGGGAAAUUCCUUAACCGCGACAGCCCUACCUGUAUGACUGACUUUCUUCUGCAGACACAAAAUAAUAUUUUUUGAAGAAUGUUGGUAACCAAAUAAUUUUGGUUCCCGUUUACUUCAAUUAUAUCCAUACAAUGGAAGUCAAUGGGAACCAGGGGCCUGUGUACCAUGAUGGUAGAUGAACAGUUACAGGAUUAGUUUCGAGUUGACAAAACCAAACCACUCCAGUUCGGUUUUACUGGUACCAUGAUGCUGAUCAUCAACUUUCUUUGUCAACUCAGGCUUUGAUCCUGAGUUUGUGGAGCACGUGCACGUGAAUGUGUGACAUCACUGGUGAACAGCCAAUCACGAGCCUUGGUUAAAGGUUUUGCUAAAGGUUAAGAGAUUGAAGAAUAUGAUGAAUUUAAAUGCAUUUACAAUGACAAAAUUACUUGUUCAUGAAAGAGGACAAAUAAAACAAAUUAUCUUGUUAAACUAAAAUUGUUUGAAUGUAAUGGAUUAAUAAUAAUAUAAAUCAUAUAAAAUAACUCAAUUUCUGGUUUUGGCCAGACAAUUUUUUAGUACUAGUUUUAGUACUGUUUUUAGACAAUUAUUUUUAGUACUAGUGACCUUUAAUUUGGAGCAAGAGAAACUGGGGAAGUGACUUUUUUUGUGUCAGUCAUGUGUCACUUUGCUCACAUCUGAUUAGUCCAAUUUCAGUUUGAGAUCUAUAACCCAGAACAUAACCUGCCCCAGAGCAGGUUAGCCGUAGAGUGCAAGUUAUUAUGGCAAUGAAUGCAGCUAAAAGCCAAGCCACUUUCAUGGUACCUAAAACCCAGGAUUGGUGCAAACUAAACUGAAACGUACCUGGCUAGCCAGCUAAUCCAGCAUCAUGGUACAGGCCCCAGAACUGUUUGUUUACCAACACUCUUAAAAAAAUUUUAUGUUCCAAAAAAGUAAGUCAUACAAAUUUGGAAAUACACGAGGCUGAGUAAAUGACAGAAUUUUUGGGCAAACUACCCCAACUUAAAUCAAAUUAAUUGUCUUUUUUUUUUUACAUUUUCUUACCAACAGUUCAUUUGGAUUCUCUGCAGAUCUUCUGUGCAUGCUAUGCUUUUGUUCAUAUAACAAAAAAAUAAAUAAAAAACAUGGAAAAUGUGGUUAAAAUUGUUAUAUGAAACCAUUCAAUCAGAAAUGUACAGUACCACUUGGAUGCAAAGCAUGACUGCUCAUCUCUGAGGUCGCACUUGGUUAUAGUUUUCUGGUGACCUGAAAUAGCUUUAAUGACUCUCCUAAUGCAUUACAGCAGAUCAGCUAUAUUUUGACUUGCCCACUCAUGCAUUUUGCACUUUUGUCCUCAUUUUCAGUACACUUGAGACUGUCUUGAGUCACUUUCUGGAUGAAUUCAUCACAGACAUCCUUAGUGGCAACCGUAUCAGUCUAACAGCCCUCCUCUGAUUGCUCAAUUAAUUGUACAAAAUUCCCUCUGGUUGUAUAUUUUCAUUUUCUCAGCGAGUGUAGACACCGCAGCGCUGUACUCAGAGAUCAUGAUGUAUGUGCUGCUGGUGUUCCUCACAUUGUGGUUGCUGGUGGAAAUGAUCUACUGCUACAGGAAGAUCUCCAAAUCUGAGGAGCUGGCUCAGGACACUG